AGCGCUCAGUCGUUCAACGGUCUCGGGGAUCUACUAUCCUGCCUGGCGUUUGUUCGAGUCCUUGCGGAAGUACUGACGUGUUCGCACCAGUUUGCACGAGAGGUAGCUAGUUUAGCUAGCUAGGUAGAGCCGGGUAGUGACAACAACGGCCGUAUCAGAAUGUCAGAAGGGGACAGUGUUGGGGAGUCAAUCCAUGGGAAACCAUCUGUAGUUGCUGCCUUUUUCACACGGAUCGGACAGAUCUAUCAGUCAUGGCUAGACAAGUCAACGCCAUUCUAUGCAGUGCGAUGGGCAGUCACUCUACUACUUACUGCUGUCUACAUGAUCAGAGUGUACAUACUACAGGGUUGGUAUAUAGUAACAUAUGCUUUGGGAAUCUACCAUCUCAACCUCUUCAUUGCUUUUCUAUCGCCAAAAGUGGAUCCUUCACUGCUUGACGAAGAUGACGGCCCAUCCCUUCCUACCAAGCAGAACGAGGAGUUCCGCCCCUUCAUCAGGAGGUUGCCUGAAUUCAAAUUCUGGCAUUCUGCGACUAAAGGCAUCGUCAUCGCCAUGAUUUGCACAUUUUUUGAUGCCUUCAAUGUGCCAGUGUUCUGGCCUAUACUUGUAAUGUACUUCAUCAUGCUCUUCUGCAUCACCAUGAAGAGGCAGAUCAAGCAUAUGAUCAAGUACAGAUACCUACCCUUCACACAUGGGAAGAGGACAUACAAAGAGGAAACAUAAGAAAACAGAGAUUGAGAGCUUUUAUUAUAACAAAUGGAUGAAGUGGGUGGCCAUCACACUUUCUUUUCUAUAAACCUGUUGAUUUUUUUUUUUCCCAUUUUUAUCAUAAUGCUGGGGAUUAUCUGUCAUUACUAAACUUUGAUCAGCACUGUAGUAAGGGAUCAAAACAUUUUCCUGUAAAAAGUUUGUGUUUCAAAGGAUUGUCUGGAGGAUUUGUAUAUAUAUAUAUAUUUUAAAAUAUGAAAUUUUUUUGAGAUUAUUUUUAUUUUUGUUUUUUUUGUUUUUUUUCAACCACCAUACUGUUUCCUAUUUUUAGAUCCAUUUCAGUUGAAAUUGAUGAAAGCAGAACUGGUUAAUUGGGUUCUAGAUUUAAUGAAUUAAAUACGUUUCUCAUGGAUUGCAUGUUCUUGUUUUCUUGUGCUACAGUUAAAAACAAAAACUUGAUUUUAAUAGCUUAAGUGUAAUUUUUUCACUCCAAAUGCUAUUAAAGAGGCUGUGUCCCUUCAAACAGUA